GAGAUGAGUUUCUAUCACUUAUCUUGAAGUGAUAUAUUUUACAUCGUAUCUGAAGGCAAUUCUACUGGUGUGCUUCUUGGGGAGGAGUGGGGAAAAGUCCUUACUAAUGUCUCAUCUACACAAAAUAGGCUGGGUGAAUACCCUGCCAUAUGCUGGAAUAGCUUAAAAAUGAAGUAGGUUGGAUGGAAGGGUCUGAAGGCUUCAACUCUGAAGUAAGGAAUGAAUCUUUUAGUUUGUCUAGUUAGGUGUGUUCUGCUUUGAAGCCCCACAGAAUUUUCAAGUGGAGAAGUAGCAGAUUUGUUUGGUGUUACGCAGUAGGCUUGGAUGAUAUCCUUUUUUAGUACUUUGAGAUAGCUUGGUGCAAACCUUUCACAGAACUGGUGCUCUUGCUGAGCUGCUGGAAGGGCGUUAAGUUCAUCACAAUUCCAGUGUUGUUCUUUCUCCUCCUUCCAGUGCUUUAAUUCCUUGUCACAAGUGACAGAGUGACAGUGCUCCUUGCAGACCCAGUUGGGGUGGAAAUCUGCAGCUCCACCUGUGUCGUGUCAGCCUGUUGCUGUCCAGAGUUUAACAAGCAGUCUUAGUGCUGUGCUCUUCAUGGCUACACUGACACUCUGAAGGGGUUUUAACCCUUAACUAGGCUUGCUGCCAGUGAAGCAUUUAACAAGUAUUUUUGCAGUGCUUUGCUGCGUUUCUGUGGUAAAAGGGUAGGACAGCCUUCACUUGGCACAGAGCUGUGAAGGAUUUCAAAUUAUCCUUCAAAAAUGCAGCUCCUGAUACUGUUUUGUAUCUGAGGUAUUGCUUCAGAUGUACUCGAGAUUUAUGUAGGAAGUGGAAGCAGAUGCAUUCCUUUUCCUCAGAGCUUUUAUUAAUUGUUAACUGAAGCAGUUGAAUUGCUGGGUUUUGUUUAGUAUUUGUGGUAGGAUUUGGUAUGUUGCUUGAUAAACGUUCAUAUGUUUUUGCACAGAUUGUGCUUACUCCUUGUGGUUUUUGGAGUAGUGGGCUGUUGGAUUUGUGGAUUUAAGAUGCUUAUGUAUUUAAUUCAGCAGUGAGAACUGAAGCACUGAAACUUCAUCCUGGAGAGUUACUUAGUAACGGUGUUUGUCCCUGAGCUGCAAAAAAUAAUGCUCAGGAAAUUAGCAAGGUUAAAUGGAAAUGCUACAAAACACAAAUGUAUCUAUUUCAGAGCCUCUGCUCGGGAUAAUAAAGCCUUCAGUGGUUACUGUGCUCAGGCGCAGACUCCUCUUCCCCUGUAGAAUCAGGACUUGCAGUUCUUGUCUGAGUUACGUUUGAGCUCGGCUGUAAGCAGAGUGAUUCCUCCCAGCUCCCCGUCAAGCUCCGAGGUGCGAUUCCCUCCCGAGCUCUCCCCGGGAGGGCAGAGCACGGCCGGGUGUGCUGGCUGGGAGUUGCUGCCGAGCACUGGCAGCCCUCUGCCGUGGGAUUACGUAUCCGGCUGGGAGGUAAGGCCACUCUGCCAGCACACUUAAUCUAGUUUUGAUUUGUCAGGAUCUCAAAGACAGAAACAAAAAGCACUUUGUCCUGGCUGCUCUGGAAGACUGACACUUGAAUGGCUCUUUGCAUUGUCUAUUCAGUGGUGUUGGAGCACUGCUGUGCAGUGAGCACAUUGUUGUGCGGCAGUCACUCCUCCGGGCAGUUCGCAGCUUUCCUGAGCAUCUCAGAGCAGCAGCUUCACAUGAGCCACUUGUUUGACAGCUCCAAGGUCAGCACAACGCGGGAGACUUCCAUGGCAACUGGUGGCCCUUCAGCACAGUCAGUGUGUGCCAGGCUGACUGCGGCCUUCAUCAGCCCCUGGCUGCUGCAGCUCCUGCCCCUCACUCCCAUGGGAGCACACUGCCACCAGAGGUACUUUUUCAUCAGUGCUGAAGAAGCUCCAGAGGAUCUCUGGAGGUGUGGUGGUCUCUCCAGAGAAUCAUUUAUGCUUAUUUAUGCUUUAUUGCUGGGAUAAUCUGACAGAAUAUUCUGGAAAUAGUGCAAUCUAUGGUCUAGUGGGGUUUUUUUUUGGUUUUUUGUUUGUUUGUUUGUUUGGUUGGUUUUUUUAGUAUUGUAAUUAACCUUUAUUCAGAGCUUAUUCCAAGUGUCAAGAUACAGGAAAAAAGCCUGAGUCUUUACCUCACUGUGUAGUUUUCCUGUGGCCAUUUUCUGAAGCUGUGAUUGUCAGGGCUUUUAAUUUUUCAUAUGUAUGAGAGCUGUGUGAGAAUUUUCCUGAUACUUCCAGUAGAUCAUGAAGCAUUUGGUUUAUCUUUACAUAGUUGAGCUUGGUUUCCUACUAUUUAUUCCAUGCUGUUUAGGUUUCUGUUUGCAUUUACCUCAGUUAAACAAUAAUAAUUAACUCAAAGCAUUGAACUGAUGCAGUUAUCAUAUUGGGAGAACAAACCAGUUACCACACUGCAAUAAGCAUUAUUGCAACUUCCUGGUAAUGAAAAUUCCAGUAGCAGAGUACUUGAUUUAAUUUUUAAGCUUUGAGAAAAGAGUGGUUGUGAUAAAAUGACUUUAUAACUGACUUUCACUAAGGCAGCUGCUUAAUGCUAGGAAAAAGCUUGGGGUAUGAGGAAGAGCUGUGGUGGCUUUGUUAACAGAGGGAAUGUCUGAGCUCUUGUUCACAUUUGAACCCCUGCAGUGUGCAGCUAUAUUUUUAAAUGACUGAUGCUUCCCCAGACAGUCUGCAUGACAUUGUUUACUCCCUUCUAGUGAGCCUUAAGCGUUUUUAAGCUGGAAACUGUGGAGUUAAAGCAUUUGGAUAUUGCUGCCCUGUUCUGAAUCGAGUGUGUGUCUGUCUUCUGAAGUGUGUGUGAAAAUAGGUAAGAGCUGCUCACUGAGGGAUAGAAUGUGGGACUGCUGAAAAGAGGCAAUACCUGACACAAAAUCUGCCUGUUGGUGAGGAGAAUCUGCCUUAACGUCCCAGGGGCAGUUUUUGUAUGCAGUUGCUGUGGACAUGGCACUGAGGAUGCUUCCAGGAGAGACCAGUCUCUCUUGGCUGUGCAUGGCUUUGGCAGUUUCCCUGGCAGGAGAGCCUGGUUAACCAGCCCAGCUGCAGGAGCAGCACAGCUGCAGCCUCUGAAGGGCUUGCUGAGCAGUCCUGAGGAGCUUGGAUGUGUUGUGUAAGGACAGCUCUGACUCAGUGGGGAAUGUAAGCACGUGGCUCGACUUCAGCAGUAUCAGUGUGCAAGCCAGAAUGAGAGCUCCCAGCCUCAGCAGUGAGGGCAGCAGUUCAAUCCCAUUGUCCUCUUAGGUGGCAUCACACCUCAGAAACGUGGUUCCUACCUCCUCCUGUGUUGUUGAUGGAUUGCUGGGUGUUGAGGCAGCUGUGAGCUCUGCUGGGCAGCUGAGGGCUGAGUGGGCACUGCCUGCUGGGUGAGCACCUCGGGCUGGCUCAGAGGCUCGGCCCUUCCUGCACACAGAUGCUCCUCACAGGGCCAUGCUGCUCCAUACCGGCUCAGAAGUUUCUCACAUGACAGAAAGUUGCUCCAAAGUCAGCUUUUCGUAGUUUCUUGCUGAAUUUUCUGUCAGUUUUACAGAUACUGCCAUGAGAUUUGUAUCUUAAGGAUUGAUAUUUGGAGCAGUUAUUGAAGAAUUGGAGUUGAAUGCUUGUGGAACAACAGUGGGUUUGCAGGCUGGGAUAUUAACAGUGUCAUGGAAUUGAACUGUAGUAUUAACAGAGCCAUUCUAAAUAUACUGCAGCAUUGCACUCCUGACAGUGAUUGUGAUGCCAGGCCUGGACUAUGAGCACAUCCUCCAUGUGCACCCUCAUGUGAGAAUGACAGGACAGCACGUGCUAGGUUUGAAGAUAAUGUUUCUUUCCAUUUGAUAAGGAGUGUGGCAGGAUUGUCCUUUGCUUCUGAGUGUCACACAGACUCAGUGCUCUGGGGCUGUCCAGGAGUGAGUGCAAGCAGCAGGGUAUGGGAAAAUCUGUCCCUGGAAUGAGAAUUUCUGCAGUCCAUGCAGAGAAAUCUGCUUCUAUUGAGCCUUUCACUGGCAUGUCUGAAGAUCGUUCUGGUUUUCUCUCUGCAUGAGAAGUCCAUUAUCUAGCUUUGGUGUCCCAGGCCUUCCAGUUUUUCUGCUUGCUUAGUUUUUUACUUAGCUUGUGUAGUAGUUUAUUCCUCAUUGGGCAGGUUGUUAGAGGGCAACACCUGGUAAAUAAUACUUGUAGGCUCUGUAAUGAAUUGGUGUGAGCUGUUCAAAUGCCUGCUGCUUUCUUACUCCUGACUGCUCCUCCUAGUGUGAAGGAAGUAUGGGGGUGUUCUGGACAGGAAGGAACGUGUGUCCUGAGAGCCAGACGAUCCAGAGGGCACUGCCAGGCAUAGCUGCCCUGAUAGCAGUGAGGGUGGACUUCACAGUGAGGAAAUCAGUAAAUACCAGCUCUGAACACCUUCUGAAGCUGCCUGGUUUUUAAACAUGCAAACUCUUCAGGCAAUCUAGAGCUGGUUUGUUAUUGCAGGCAAAUGAUGACCCGAAAGACACUUUGGUCGUUCUUCGAGUUGUUCUCCUCACUACCUGCAGGAGAUACAUGUUUUUCACAGAGCAGUGAACAUUUACUUGAAGCCACAAUGCAUCAAGUUCUAUAGUGAAAAGUGUUAGUUGGACUGAAAGUGGGAGUGAGGCAGCCUGGAUGCCAAAAGAUGGGAUUGCCAAUGACUGAUGAAGGAUCUGUACCUUGCUUCAGACUUCCCUUUCAGUAGGUCCUGGGGUUCUGAUGGAGUUUAAUAGACAGGUUGGCUUAGCAGCAGAGACAAAUGGUGACUGGCAAUGGGGUGGACACUGCAAAAGAGGGAAAUGUGAAGAGCUGACAUGCUCAUACUGCCUUGAUCCCCCUCCCUGUGCAAGGCCUGUACAUGAAAUGUAGGCUGCUAGAAACCUGUCCCUUCUGUGGGAGCAGAGUGACAGACUCCAGUUCCUCACUGCUGCCUCUUGAAUUCCUGAUCUCUCCUGGAGCAGCUUUGCUCUCGAGCUGUCGGAGCAGCCCGCAGCCUUGCUCUGGUAGCAGCACUGCUGGAGCAGUUGAGUGAGCAGUGGAAGCCUGAGUAAGUACCACUGGCUGUUUCUCAAGACUGACAUCACAUCCAAGAAUUAGAUGGCUCUCUCUCACCAUGGGGAUAAUGAAAUAAUUCCUACUGUGUUAUUCAUUAACUCACAUUUCAUUCAGUGGCUCCUAAGAGGAUAACGAGUACGUUAGAGGUGAACUUGCAUAAGACUUCUGACAUCCUUUUGAUAAGUUAAGUAAGAGUUAAGGCUGUGGCAGACAAAGCUGGCAGUGGGGCCUCGCUGAGGCAGGUGGCCUGUGCUGUGUUACACAAACUGACUUGUGAGCUAAUUUAGUGGCUUUUUUUGUCAAUGGUUUCAAGAAAAUAGCCUGCUCUAAAGUUGCUGCAGAAAUAGCUGGUGCCCAGAGGCAGAUGAGCUGGGCUUCCUGGUGCCAAUGGCCGUGGCUGUUGAUGAAGCUCCCGUGCCAGCUGGGAGUGCUGGUCGGUUCUGAAGGCUGGCCAGGGGUUUGUCUGUGCUGUGCAAUUGAGCCAAUAAACUAAUAUAAAUAAAGAUUAGGCUGUUUGUGGGAGGAAUGAUGAUUGGAUAUUCAGGUGUCUAACAAUCUGUCUGAUCUUUUGAGUGGUGCUGUGAGUGUGCUGACAUCAGUAGUUCAUCCCCACAGGUAAUAACUGAGGUAAUUCUAAACAGAGGCUGCAGAAGGAUGGGACACCUGAAAAAAUCCAGAAUUUCCAGGUGGCCCAAUAAGAUUUUAAAUUACCUGGUAUUUGUAGAAGCACUGGGUGAGGUGGCUUUAUCUGGGAAGAAGUUGUAGGUGAUGGUCUGGUGAGUCAGGCUGGUGCCAUCCUGGAGAGGCAGGUGUGUCCCUGCCUGGUUGUGGGUUGUGGUCCUGGCUAGGAAGUUGCUGGGAACCUUUCCAGGUGGGUGUAGAGUUACGGUUUGGUGCUGAGUACACAACUCCAGGCCUGAGUGCUCGACUCUGCUGCUCAGACCCCCGGUAAUGGAGCUGUAUUUCCCAAACAUGGAGCAGGAAUACUAUAAAAAUUGGGAGUAUUCAAAAAACAGAACUCUGGACAUCUGUUCUGGACACAGAAGAUCCUUCUGAUGGCUUGAACUUUUACUAUAAUUUGUUUUCCAGCCUUUUAAAAGUCCAUUAACAUACAGAACAGUGUGAGAGCUCUGGUGGGUGCUGUGGAUCCUUAGCAGAAGAGGUGCCAUAAAAGGAGCAGUGCAAGAAGGACUGACCUGCUUCAGGACUCCACACUGACUGCAGGGUUUAAGGAAAAGGACUGUGUGAAAAGUUCUGGGUUCAGGGAGUUUUGUGCCCUCCAGAUCACCGGGUGAGGGUUUAUGGGAAGAAGAGGAUGGAGAAGGGAAUUAAGGAUCAUAGGUAUUCCAAGAGAGGCUGAACAGAAGCUUCACAGGUGAUCAGAGUGCUUGCAUUUCCUAAUGUGUAACCCUUCGCUCCGUGGUUUUUAUGUAGGGCUGCUUUAGGCUGCAAUUGCAAGUCGAUUUCCAUGGCGUGUAUGAGCAGUGAAAAUACCUGCUGGGUCAUUAAUGCAGGGCUUGGGGUGUCAGCCUUGGCUCCCUUGUUUACUCACUGUGCAAUUCCAUGUAACAGCUUAGGCCAAAAAUCCAGCACUGAGCCUGUCAGCCUGUCAAGGAUCCCUUCCCUUACAGCAGCACUUCCACACCAGUGCUCUGACUUCCUGCAAUAUGUGAAAUAAUAAAAUACCAGAACAGGCCGCUCUGUCCUACCUGUUCUUGCAGGAUCUGUUUUUCAGCACCCAACUCAGUAGCAACUGCAAAAGAGAAAUCUUUAGUUCAAGCCUCAAGUUGUUCAGGCUGAGCAUGGAAGUUUGGCUGUAGGUGCUGGUUCAUGGUGGCAUUUUUAUUUUGGAGGCCUCUCCCGUCAGGGAAUUCCUGUGGAACAGUUCUGUCAGCUGGACCUGGAGCUGAUGCAGAGAUGUCCCAUCUCUAAGCUAACGACACAGAAGUGGUAUUUCUAAUAAACACACGUACCAUGGGUCCUUGUUCUUCCUUGACAGACUCAUCUAAGCUUCCAGCUAAGCUUUCCUGCAUAAAGAUGUAAUCUUCCAUCCAGGAGAGGGGUUGAGCUAUUUUUUGGCAUUUGAAUCUAAAUGAGCAAAAUUGUGCAGGCUCUGAAAUACAAGACCUGAAUGCUGAGGUUGUUCCUGCAGCGAGCUGUUAUUUAUCUAAAUUACAGAUGCUUUUCCAUCUCAGCUCUGAGCAUUUGCUUCUAGAUUUGUCUUCACAUGUAGAUUUGUGUUACAUCAGCAUAGCCUUCUGAAAUAAAGGCUUACAGUAAAAGCAAGGCACACUUAAAUAUUCUGAGCAUUGUUCUUACCCUUGUUGUUUUUGCUCAGAGCAUGGAGGUUUCCUGCGCCUUCGAGUAUUUCUCUGAAGUUGGUCUCAGAUUCCAGCUUUAAUAUUGGAAUUGAUUGUCAGGAAAGGAUGUGCCUGGUGAUCCUCAAACCUCAGCUGGAUGAGUGCAAAGAACAACUGGAUGUAAUGGAACUGUGCCAGUGGGGGCUUGCACUCCCUGCUGUGCUGCUCACCACUCAUUCCAAUUGUUCUGGAUUUUUUUUUUUUUUUUUUGCAUAUUGAUCUUUGGUCUUUGUAUGUUCCCAGUUGCACUCAAAGGGGCAGAAGUAACUUCUGUUUGCUUUGUAAUUGGAUAUUCAGCCUUGUUUCUGUGACAUAAAUCUGGUGGGGAGUUGGUGUCUCUGAAGGAAAGCUUUCUGGGAAAUUCAUCCCCCUGGAUCUGAUGGCAAGUGUUCCUGCAGGCAGCCUGGAGAGUUACGGGAAGGGGAGAAAUUCCUGCCCUCUCUUGGCUUGGAUUUUGACCAGCGAUUGCACCUCAUAAGAUGUUUAAGGAGGUCCUUGAGUACCUGAGCAAACGGAGGCUCAGAAUGUGUUUGCUCAUUUUCAGCAGCUCCAUCUGUGUGUGCAGCACGACCCAGGGUGUCAGCUGAGGUCAGGAUGGGCUUUUGCCUUUAAUGUCAUCAGAGGAAAGGCAGGGGAGGCAGGACCCAAACCCCAACGUUUAUUCCUCCUUAUUUAUGUUGUAGCUACUUUUUUAAACCAAAACUUGCCAGAUUUACUUUUUCACUUCAAGCAAACGCACCUUGAAUAUUUUAUUCUCAUGGGUUUAAUGCAGAUUUCUCAGAGUUCAUGUUUAGUAAGUACAGACUUGGUUUUGAUACUCAGAUGGUUAUCAGAGGGUGCUUCAAAUGGAAUGAUAGAGACAAAAAUAGAUUGAUUUAGUUGAUCUUGAUUUUACUGUGGAGUGCCACUUCUGUGUAUUUAAUUGAAGCUUGAGAUCUGCGAGUCACAGGUAAGAACUGCAGUGUUAGAAAUGUGACUUGUGCUAUUUUCACAUCUUUAGGAAAGCUUGUGGGUUAAUGCACACAUGCUCUUGUAUGUUUUUCUAAGGUGCAAUUUAAAGGGAACAUGGGAAACUUACUGCAAGGAUGGUUAUGAAUCUUUAUAUUCUUUAAAGAAAGGUUAAGUCCUACUGGCUGAUAAUGAUUUAAAUGCAAAAAAUGAAGUGGAUAACUGCAGUCUUGCAUAUAUGACAUACAUAUUUUUUAGAAUCUGGAAUUAAAUGAAAAUUACCUUCCCUGAUGCAUCAAUAACAGAGUGAGCUGUGAACUGCUCUGACUUCUGCAAUGCCUGUGGGAGAGAUGUGGAUGUGUUGUGUUUGGGUAAUGUGAUGAAGAGCCCAAACCUUUGUUUCUUUAAAAUGAUGAUUUAUCUCUUAAUUGCAACCAAGUCUUUCAUAGUAAAUUAGGUUUGUUUUGAGUCACACAGGGAAGGAGUGAAUGUUCUCUAAAGGAUAAAACACUUAAAUGACUACUUACAUUCUUUGUACUAUUAUUUUUCCUUCUCGGGGUUUGUUGUAUCUACCAAAAGGAAUGAAUUUCUUUAGGCAAAAUAAGUGAGAGAGGUUUUAAAUAAGUAUCUGUACAUACUAAUCUGUUGUGCUUUUGAAAAGAUCUUGUAGUAUAAAAUAGGAUACUGGAGGAAUGUCUCUUUUAGAUAAAGACUGAUCUGCCAUAGAGAACUUGGUGUGGUCUGAUUGAAGUGAGCAGGUAGGGAGGGAAAUCUUCCUGUUGCCUAGAGCAGCUCAUUCCUGCUGGAAUCGCUGUGUGGAUGGCAGGAUUGACCAAAGGAGAUACAGGUACCCUACAGAAUCAACUCCCUUUCCCAGUAUCUGCUGGUACCCUCCUAUAGAAGCUUGGACUUCAGUGGAUUUUAACUUUAAAUAAGAGAAUGGUGAGCCUGUGGCUGUUAACAGGAGCUCUGUCAAACCUUGUUUCACUAGCAGAGCUGCAGUCUGUUGCAGAAUUCAAUUUCAAUUCCAGCUGAAACGCUGUGUUUUGAUACACAUCUGUGCCUCAAGCAACCACAAACCCUUCUUUAGUGUCUCUGCAAUGCCUAAAUAUAUUUAACUUUGUGCUGUUUAGUUUUUAGAUUAAGCAUAUUCUGUUAAUCCAAGUAAAUUCCUUCCUGGCACUGAAGGGCUGUGCAGCUUCAGCGUAAGGGAACAAGCCUGUGUGCUUUCAAUACGAUGGAAGUUGUUGUGGAGAAAGUAUUCUGGGGACUUGUCCUGACUGAACUCAGCCUCCCUGGGCAGCCUGGAGACACGGCUUUAGAAAUUGUAGUCAUUCUUGCCUUUGACACGUUCAAGAUCUGAACAUUGCAAAGCAUCUGACUUGAUUUAGUUGAUGGAGGACUGUUGGGCUUAAAGAUACAUAAAAGUAGAAAAAUGUGUGUUAGAGUCAACUGGUUCUGAAGCAGCACUGUUGUGUCUCUGGAGGAAUGCAUAGUGCAGUGUGACAAAAUUAACUGCUCUAUUAAAGACCUCAGUACUUCACACCAGAUACUGCUAAUGUGUGUAAUUGAUCUUCCAAACCAGCCACGGGAAUUGAAGCCCAUUAAAACAUUUCUUGAGGCGAUCACAAGAGCUGCAAGACUCCUGCAUGGGCUCCUGCCUCCCACAUCAAAGGGCUGUGUGCCUCAGUCCCUGUGGCUGCUCUGCUGAGGCUCUUGGUGAGAUGCAGUUUCACUGCUCCUCAUAAAGCUGGAUCCUCAGACAGCUCCGUGUCCCUUUCCCGUGUGCCUUCAUGCGCAGGACCCUCUUUGAGAUUCUUUUUCUUUGCCUGCUGUUUGUUUGAGUUGAGGUCUGUCUCCAGCUCUUAUUUAAGUGCAGCUUGUGAAUGGAAAGUAGUAUUUUGCUGUUACAUUUCCUGCUUCUGAAAUUAACUGUGACUUUCCACAAGUGGAAAAAGAUAGGGAUAAACAACUGUCUUAAUACUUGGAAGAUACUGAGGGGAUUUAACUACAGGAGGGAAAGUAUUUGCUUUUCCUCCUUUUUGGUUUAGUGAACUGAUGAGUUCUAAGGCUGGGCUGGACAGGGCUUGGAGCACUCUGGGAUAGUGAAAGGUGUCUGUGCCCAUGGCAGGGGGUGGAACUGGAUGGGCUUUAAGGGCCCUUCCAACCCAAACCAUUCCACGUUCUGUGAUUCAGCUGGGCAGGGAAAGGCCAGGAAGCAGCAAGUUUGCAGGAGGCAGUGUGCUGUACAUUAUCCAAACCAGUUUGUCCCUUGUGAUCUAAAUGCAGGAAUUAACAGGAGAAGGUGUCCCAGUCCUGAGUGUGCCUUAAUUCCUGUAGGGAGCCAGAGCUCUUCCCUGCUGUGCCUGGCUGAGGGCAGUGCCACUGGGAAUCUAUUCCCUCUGUAGGUAACUUGAAACUGCUGGAAGUUUGGAGAAGCUGGAACUGGCAGUGGGCUGGUGGAAAUGCCUGGUUGCUCUCCCUGGAAGGAGUUGCUGCUCAAGUGCAGGGAGGGCAGGACCCCUUUCUGGUAAAUCCUGGAUGUGUCUGGAACUUGCUGGGUAAAUAGGACCCAGCAGGAGGCUCAGAGCGGCCCCUUGAGCUGCUGGGCUUUCCUGACACAGCUCUUGCUGGUCCCCUUAUCAUGGACAAGCACACUUGGCUUUAUCUCCUCCAAAUUUGACUUCGGCAGUAUUUGCACACACGGAGCUUCUGGUGAAUGCUGCCAAUGUGAAGUAUCAGCAGAGAACAGUUGGAACUUUCUGGGACAAGAGAGGACUGUUUAUUCUCUCAUUCUUUGGUUUUAGUAAGUGAAGAGCUCAAAGCAUUGCAAGUAAAGACGAGGAUUCCUCCUCCUGCCCAGGGCCUGUCAUGGAUGAAGAGACUCAGCACAGCCUUGAAUGCAUCCAGGCUAAUCAGAUUUUUCCCAGGAAGCAGCUGAUCCGAGAGGAUGAGAACCUUCAGGUGCCGUUCAUUGAGCUCCACGGGGAGAGCACAGAGUACGUGGGACGAGCAGAGGAUGCCAUCAUUGCCCUUUCCAACUACAGGCUCCACAUCAAAUUCAAGGAAUCUGUUGUGAAUGUUCCAUUGCAGCUCAUUGAGAGUGUGGAGUGCCGGGAUAUAUUCCAGCUUCAUUUGACUUGCAAGGACUGCAAGGUUAUCAGGUGUCAGUUUUCCACCUUCGAGCAGUGUCAGGACUGGCUGAAGAGGCUGAACAAUGCCAUCCGCCCCCCGUCCAAGAUAGAGGACCUGUUCUCCUUCGCCUACCACGCCUGGUGCAUGGAGGUUUACGCCAGUGAGAAGGAGCAGCACGGGGACUUGUGUCGGCCAGGAGAACAUGUAACUUCCAGGUUUAAGAACGAAGUGGAGCGGAUGGGGUUUGAUAUGAACAACGCCUGGAGGAUUUCCAACAUCAAUGAGAAGUACAAGCUGUGUGGCAGCUACCCCCAGGAGAUCAUCGUCCCUGCCUGGAUCACCGACAAGGAGCUGGAGAGCGUGGCCAGCUUCCGCUCCUGGAAGCGCAUCCCUGCCGUGGUGUACAGGCACCAGAGCAAUGGGGCAGUGAUCUCCCGCUGCGGCCAGCCCGAGGUGAGCUGGUGGGGCUGGAGGAACGCCGACGAUGAGCACCUGGUCCAGUCCGUAGCCAAAGCCUGUGCCUCAGACUCCAGGUCCAACAGUAACAAGUUAAUGAAUGGGAAUUGUUCCAGAGAUUUGUCCAACGGAGGGGACCUCUCUGAUGUGGAAUUUGACUCCUCCAUCUCCAAUGCCUCAGGAGCAGAGAGUUUGGCAAUCCAGCCUCAGAAGCUUUUGAUCCUGGACGCGCGAUCUUACGCAGCAGCUGUGGCCAACAGAGCCAAGGGGGGUGGCUGUGAGUGCCCAGAAUAUUACCCCAACUGUGAAGUGGUGUUCAUGGGGAUGGCAAACAUCCACUCCAUCCGCAAGAGCUUCCAGUCGCUGCGUCUGCUCUGCACACAAAUGCCAGAUCCAGGAAAUUGGCUGUCAGCUCUGGAGAGCACCAAGUGGCUGCAGCACCUGUCAGUGCUCCUGAAAUCCGCGCUGCUCGUGGUGCACGCCGUGGACCGGGACCAGCGGCCCGUGCUGGUUCACUGCUCCGACGGCUGGGACCGCACGCCCCAGAUCGUGGCCCUGGCCAAGCUCCUGCUGGACCCCUACUACAGGACCACAGAGGGUUUCCAGGUGCUAGUGGAGACUGAGUGGCUGGAUUUUGGCCACAAGUUUGCAGAUCGCUGUGGCCACGGGGAGAAUUCGGACGACCUCAAUGAGCGCUGCCCGGUGUUUCUGCAGUGGCUGGACUGUGUCCAUCAGCUCCAGAGGCAGUUCCCCUGCUCCUUCGAGUUUAACGAAGCAUUCCUUGUGAAGUUGGUGCAGCACACCUACUCCUGCCUCUUUGGAACAUUCCUGUGCAACAAUGCGAAAGAGAGAGGAGAGAAACACACUCAGGAACGGACCUGCUCCGUCUGGUCUUUGCUGCGGGCAGCAAACAAAGCCUUCAAAAACCUGCUCUACUCCUCCCAGUCGGAAUCUGUGCUGUAUCCCGUGUGCCAUGUGCGGAACCUGAUGCUCUGGAGCGCUGUUUACCUGCCCUGCUCCUCCCCCUCCACGCCCGCCGACGACACCUGUGCCCCGUACCCUGUGCCAGGCUCUAGCCCCGAAGAGCAGCCUCUGGGCAGGCUACCAAAGACAAGAUCCUUCGACAAUCUGACGACAGCCUGUGACAGCAGCGUGCCUACAACCAACCGCCGGAGCAGCGACCCCAGCCUCAACGAGAAGUGGCAGGAGCACCGCCGCUCCCUGGAGCUCAGCAGCCUGGGCCCCCCUGGGGACGACCCCUUCGAGGGGGACGGGCUGGGCAGGCAGGGCAGGGCCCCCGUGGGGGCAGAGCUCUCUGUGGCAGCCGGGGUGGCAGAGGGACAAAUGGAGAACAUUCUGCAGGAGGCCACUAAAGAUGAUGUUGGGAUGGAGGAGCACUUGAGGGGUGGCCCGGAGGCAGCAGGGAAAGGGGAUGAGGUUGGCCUGGAUAAGGAGAAGAGAGCUGACAAUCUGUGUGGGGAAAAGGCCGAGGCGGAUACAGGUACCGUAACGAACAAUCCCGCAGCCACCCCACACCCAGCCUCACAUGGUGCUGCAGAGCUGAAAGGACAGCAGGACGAGCGCAGCGACCCCAGCAGCGCUCUCCAGAAGGCACCUCAGGGGAGAGGACUGCAGGCUGUUCCUUCCGAGGGCUCUGGAAACAGAGAUGCUCCGAACAACACGGAGGAGGAAGGUCUUGGGAAAGGUGAAGGAGGAGCGGAGAGCCUGUGCGGCACGGCCCAGGCCAGCCUUGCCAUCCCUCUGACAGCCCUGCUGGAGGAAAGGACAUCCAACAUCGAAAGCUCCACGGAAACCUUAACAGAGACCGAAGCAAAGCCCGAGCUCACGCCCAGGGCUCCGUGCCACAGGCGUCACCCCUUCGACAACAGCGCUGACGAGCUGUCCCGAACUCUGGAGAACAGGCCGGAGGGGGAGUGCAUGAUAGAGCUCCAAAAACUGGGAUCAAGAGUGCAUAGGACUUCUGGUAGCAGCACCACACACCUCCCGAUGCCUUCCCCUUGUGCCUUGCCUCUAGCAGACCGCAAAGAUGAGCUGGUGUAUAAUGGGGAGCUGGAGCUGGAGAACAAACUGGUGGAGAAACCCGUGGGAUUCACGGCCCCGAAAUUCCCCGCCACCAACGGACACUGCGUCAACGGCGAGGACGGGCGGAUCAAGGCCUCGCUGAGCCGGCAGGUGUCCACGGCCAGCUGCAGCUCUGCUCAGCUCCACCUGAGGAACUUGCACCAGAAAUGGAUGUUCAGCCAGCUCGGGAAGCAGCCGGCCAGCAGCCCGGACCAGCCGGCCCGCAGCCACCUGGACGAUGACGGGAUGCCCGUCUACAGCGAUGUCAUCCAGCAGCGCCUGCGCCAGAUCGAGACGGGCCAUCAGCAGGAGGUGGAGACCCUCAAGAAGCAGGUGCAGGAGCUGAAGAGCCGCCUGGAGAGCCAGCUCCUCAACAGCUCCCUGCGGCUCAACGGCGACUACGGCGACGAAGUGACGUCUAUUCCCGACUCGGAAAGCAAUCUGGAUCAGAACUGCUUGUCUCGCUGCAGCACAGAGAUUUUCUCUGAAGCCAGCUGGGAACAGGUGGAUAAACAGGAUACAGAGGUGACGCGGUGGCUCCCGGAUCACCUGGCCGCGCACUGCUACGGCUGCGACAGCGCCUUCUGGCUCGCCAGUCGGAAACACCACUGCAGGGGCACUGACCGAGUUGAUCAGCUCUGGAAUUGUGGCAACGUGUUCUGCUCCAGUUGCUGUAACCAGAAGGUGCCCGUUCCCAGCCAGCAGCUCUUCGAGCCCAGCAGAGUCUGCAAAUCCUGCUACAGCAGCCUCCACCCCGGCAGCUCCAGCCUGGACCUCGAACUGGACAAGCCCAUCACUGCCACGUCCAACUGA